CACUUUUGUCUCCAUUUCCGCUUCCUGGUUGGUGUUUUGUACAGUAAAAGUCCUCGGGCGGCUGUGUGAGAGGCGCGGGUGAGUCAGUGAGCUGCAGGAUCGAUAGUGAUCGAUAUCAGUGAUCGGAGAGCGCUGGGGAUGGAGGAGAGCUGCUGGGUGGAGAUGAGUGGAGAUAAAGAGGAGAGAGAGGAGAUCAGGGGGAUGGAGGGAUCUGAACUCAACACUAAAGAAGAGGAGGAAGAAGGUGGAGAAAUAUUCCUACAGAGAAAAGUCAAAGAGGAGCUCGAACUAGAAGUUAUUACUAUUAAGGAGGAACCUGAUGAUCAGAACCCAAACUCAGAGCUCCAAAGCAGUAGCUUUAGUGAUACCUCCCACACCGAAAUUCAUACCGGAGACUCUUUUAUCUGUUCACACUGUGGAAAAGGAUUCCCUUCAAUAAAAUCCUUAAAGCACCACAAGGAAUCGCAUGAAAACAAGAAAAUCCACCAGUGUGACCAGUGCGACCGGAGCUUCAAACGCCUCAGAGAUCUACAACAACACAAAAAGAUUCAUACCAGAGAAAAACCCUUUGCCUGCACUCAGUGCGAUAAACGGUUCUUAAAAUCAAGCAUCCUUAAAACCCACAUAAUGCUUCAUACUGGUGAGAAACCAUUUACCUGCACUGAGUGCGGAAAAGGUUUUUGUGCCUCAAGCCAUCUUACAACCCACAUGCUAAUUCAUACUGGAGAAAGGCCCUUUACCUGCACUGACUGUGGGAAAGGUUUUACUACAUCGAAGCACCUUAAAACCCACAAGAGAAUUCAUACUGGAGAAAAGCCGUUUACUUGCACUGAGUGCGGGAAAGGUUUAACCUCCUCAAGUAAUCUUAAGACCCACAUGAUGAUUCAUACUGGAGCAAAACCAUUUACCUGCACUGUGUGUGGCCGUGGAUUUUGUUCAUCAAGCCAUCUUAAAACCCACGUUCUGAUUCAUACUGGAGAAAGGCCAUUUGUUUGCACUGUGUGCGGGCUUGGUUUAACUACUUCAAACCAUCUUAAAACCCACAUGCUGAUUCAUACCGGAGAAAGGCCUUUUACCUGCACUGAGUGCGGAAAAGGUUGCACCUCUGCAAGUGUUCUUAAAACCCACAUGAUGAUUCAUACUGGAGAAAAGCCAUUUACCUGCACGGAGUGCGGGAAAGGUUUCAUUGCAUUAGGCAUUCUUAAAACGCACAUGAUGAUUCAUACUGGAGAAAAGCCUUUUACCUGCACUCAUUGUGGGAAAGGCUUUACUAUAUCAGGAAACCUUAAAACUCACAUGAUGAUUCAUACUGGAGAAAAGCCAUUUCCAUGCACUGAGUGUGGAAAACGUUUCAUUACGUUAAGACAUCUUAAAUCCCACAUGAUGAUUCAUACUGGGAAAAGACCAUUUGUCUGCACUGUUUGUGGGCAAGGGUCAGCUACUUCAAGCAACCUCAAGAUCCACAUGAGAACUCAUACCGGAGAGAAGCCUUUUAGUUGCAAUGAGUGUGGGAGGAGCUUUUCAAACUUGGGUCACUGUAAAUCCCACAUGAUGAUUCAUACUGGAGAAAAGCCGUUUACCUGCAGUCAGUGUGGGAAAGCUUUCUCAAAAUCGAGCGGCCUUAAAUCCCACAUGAGAACUCAUACUGGACGUUCACUUAGUGAAGGAAGUGUACUUUGAAUUCAACCUGGGAUAUGUCCCCACAUGAUGAUUCAUACUGUAGAAAAGCCUUUUGUUUAAGAGUGGGAAAGGAUUCAUACUGCAUGUGCACUUAGUGGGGAAGCGUUAUUACAACUCAGACUGCACUAUAUCUCCACAUGAUGAUUCAUACUGAAUAAAAAGAAAAACGUACAAACUUAAAACAUGUUUGUUAAUUUACACAGAAGAAAAGCUGUAUGUUAUUUUCUGAAUCCAACCCACUAUGAAUAUUAUGUGAUAAUUCAUACUGGUUAAAUAUAUGUUUACAUAUAUAUGUGGAUUGUUUCAUACAAUUUCUACACAAGUUUGUUUAAUAAUUGCAAUUGUAUCUGAUUAAUCUGACUGUUAGUUGUUUAAUUUAGUUAUAAAAUUAGUUUGGAUUAUUAAACUGUAUCUAACUCAAUUAAAAGAGCAGAAACUGUACUAUACUAUAGUACUACAGUGUUUCUUUAGUUUCUGUAGUUUCCACAGCUUUUUACUGUAUAGAUUAAGUGGAGGGUAAAUUUACAGUAAUUACAGUAUAUUUCUCAGCUGAAAUGAACAGAAAAGGCAAGGCUUUUAUCUUAGCAGUGGUAUGCUAGCGGUGGGUUACCAACUCAACUAAAAUACAAUAUUUAUACAUUUAAUUAUGAUAGAUUUAUUUAUCUGGAGAUAUUUUGCUGAUAAUUUGAUCAGUUUGGUGUUGGAGUAACAUUACUCUGUGUGUUAGCGAAUAUAUCGCUAGUGUAAUCUCUGUUUGGUAAAUUUUUUCAUUUGUUUUACUCUUGACAGAUUAUAUUUGGGUUUUAUAAGUGCUUGUUAAAAUGUUAAAAAUUAUACAAUAAAUGCAAUUCUUGGUUAA